AGUGUGAGAGAAGUCCCAGAAGGGACUGGGGAGCUGGUGCAGAGAGGAGCCAGCCAACACACUGCAGCCUCAUCGUCAUCUCCCCACCUAAGGCCACCAGCGUCUGAGGAGCUAUGAGCCAGAGCAAGGAUUUGCAGGGAGGAAAAGCUUUUGGACUGCUGAAAGCCCAGCAGGAAGAGAGGUUGGAUGGGAUCAACAAGCACUUCCUCGAUGAUCCCAAGUACAGCAGUGAUGAGGAUCUGCAGUCCAAACUGGAGGCCUUCAAGACGAAGUACAUGGAGUUUGAUCUGAAUGGCAAUGGAGAUAUCGAUAUUAUGUCCUUGAAGCGAAUGCUGGAGAAACUUGGGGUUCCCAAGACCCAUCUAGAGCUGAAGAAAUUAAUUAGAGAGGUGUCCAGUGGCUCCGAGGAGACGUUCAGUUACUCUGACUUUCUCAGAAUGAUGCUGGGCAAGAGGUCUGCCAUCUUGAGAAUGAUUCUGAUGUAUGAGGAGAAAAACAAAGAACACCAGAAGCCAACUGGUCCCCCGGCCAAGAAAGCUAUUUCUGAGUUGCCCUAAUUGGAGGUGGAUAUAACACGGUGGGACCGAGGACCUUCUAAUGACAGCAGCAUGGGAAAAGAAGAAGCAGUUGUGAGCCAGAGUCAAACUAAAUAAAUAAUGCUCCCUAGUGCAA